AUGUGCUUUUUCCUCUCCGUUUGUCUGAAUGUGUUGCAGGGCUCCCAGUACGAGCUGAAAGAUAAUCCGGGUGUCCACCCUGCUACCUUUGCUGCCCACACUGCCCCCGGCUAUUAUCCCUAUGGACAGUUCCAAUACGGCGACCCUGGGCGGCCCAAAAAUGCAACUCGGGAAAGUACCAGCACUCUCAAGGCCUGGCUUAACGAGCACCGCAAGAACCCCUACCCCACCAAGGGCGAGAAGAUCAUGCUGGCCAUCAUCACCAAGAUGACCCUCACCCAGGUCUCCACCUGGUUCGCCAAUGCCCGCCGGCGGCUCAAGAAGGAGAACAAGGUGACCUGGGGCUCCAGGAGUAAAGACCAAGAAGAUGCAAAUCUCUUCGGGAGUGACAAUGAGGGGGACCCUGAGAAGAAUGAAGACGAUGAGGAAAUCGACCUGGAGAGCAUUGAUAUAGAUAAAAUCGACGAGAACGAUGGGGAGCAGAGCAACGAGGAAGAGGAGGAGAAGACCGAUCUCCUGAGGCAAAGCAGUGAAGAGGAGCAUUUAGAAAAGGAGAAGGAUUUGGCACUGUCGGGGUCUGAAGGGCUGAAACCCAAAGACGCGCUGGCCAUAGUGAAGGAGGCCUCUGACAACAGCACGCGGAUCAUCAGUCCCGGGGGACAGAACAAUUUACAGAUGCCACCUCACAGCAAACCCAAGAUUUGGUCUUUGGCAGAGACAGCAACCAGUCCUGAUGGGGCCCUGAAAUCUUCUCCUCCACCACCCCCUACUGCCCAGGUUAACCACACUUCUCCACAGAUCCAGCACCCUGCUUUUCUCCCCAGCCAUGGACUCUACACAUGCCAGAUUGGCAAAUUUCACAACUGGACAAAUGGGGCUUUCCUUACUCAAAGUUCCCUGCUCAAUGUGAGGUCCUUUUUGGGAGUAAAUCACCACCACGCUGCUCAUCACAAUCACCACCUCCAGGCCCAGCAACAAUCUUCUGUUUUAACAGCAACCCUGGGAGCCCUAAGCAGUGAAAAACCUUCAGAGAGGACCAGUCCCAAACACAUAGAAAGAGAAAAUGUACCAAGAACUGAAUCCCCACCUCAGCCGCUAAAAUCGCCCUUCCAGCCUGUCCGUGACAACUCUUUGGCUCAGCAAGAGGGAACACCGAGAAUUUUAACAGCUCUCCCUUCUGCUUGA